UUGAAAUGGCGUCAGUCACGGUACGUGGCUGGGCUCUCUGCACCGUGUCUCUGCUAAACUUUGCGUUUGUUUUCAUAUCUGGUGCAGACUUUAUUCGGUUUAUAUCAUUUCGAGCCAUUUAUCAUAACAUCACCGGGGAGACAACACUGUGUCAAGACUCCAUACCGUGGUCGGUGGCCCUGCAGGACAGCUCUGUCCUCAGGUCUCUUGUUGUCGAUCUGGGACUGCUGGCUCUCUUCACCACACAGCACAGUCUGCUCUCCUGGUCACCUGUCAAACAGGCCCUACAGUCGGUGCUUGGGGCACUGAACAGGACAGCAUACUGCUUCACUACUGCACUGGCACUCCAGAUCAUGAUGAGGUACUGGCAGCCUGUGACUAGCGCCCCCUGUCUGUGGUCAGUGCGUCAUGCACCCUGGAGUAUCUGGUUCCCUCUGCUCUGCUUCUCUCUGCACUUCCUCUGCUGGGCCAUCAUCUGCAGCAUCCUCAUGCUUGUUGAUUACCCAGAACUGCUGGGCAUCAAACAGGUGUAUUACGAGUGUCUCGGUUUAGGAGACCCCCUGUCUCACAAGUCACCCCACGCCCAGCGCUUCCUGUCUCACCUCCGCCACCCGGUUUGCCUGGAGCUGGGCGUCGUGUUGUGGCUCCUGCCGGCCUUGUCCCUGGACAGGCUCCUGCUGGCGGGGACUCUGUCGGCCUACCUGGCCCUGGCACACUCUCUGGACAAACAGGAUUUAGCCUACCUCUGCAUCCAGAUUAACAGCAAGAUGCAGCUCCUUGCCGAGCCACACCGGGGCAUCGCCGACACCACCGGCAGGGACAACAGCAGCAACCACAAGGAGAAGUGAAGAGAAGGUGUUCAAACUGCCGAGAUGUGAAGCUCACUGCUGUCUUAAAAUUAACCAGAGAUAUUGUUCCAAAACUAACUUCAACAGAGCCUCUGUGAUCUUGUUGUACAAGCCUGCUCUACUAAUGGCCAACGACAACACUUGAACUGAAUUCUUUGCAACUUGACGCUGUAUUUUUUUACAUUUUUUUUACAUUUUCUUUUCACUGCAUAUAUUGUUUUAGAAAGGGAGAGUUUUAUUACAAAAGGAGAUCGUAUUCCAUUUGAAAACAUGAACACCUCCUCAACUAAUUAUGAUUAUCACUGGCUGGUAUUACUGUUACAUUUCUGAGCCAGCUUAAUGUAAAAGUUAUAUUUUUAUUGAUAUUUCUAUCUUCAGAUGAAAUUUAAGAGGAAAGAUUCAUACAAAAUGGAUCUUUUGUGUAGCUUGACCAAUACCACAUUUCUGCAGCUAAUACUGAGAUUUGGGAGUUUAAAUAAUCCAAUAAGUUUAUACUAUCUGCCAAUAGUAAACAACUUGAUGCGGAUCAUAUUAGGUUUUUUUUUUCUUAAAUUGUUAACAAGAUACAUAAUGAAAGGGACAUUUUGCAAUGAAACCCUCCAGAUAUUUUUUUUUUUUUUUAAUUAUGCUGGAUAUGUUUUAGUUUAUCAGAGUAUAUUUUUUAUAGGCUGUUAAAUUCCAUGUGCCAAGUGCAUUUAUUCUGUAUUUCUCAGCAUACUGAUUUCAAAUUUAAUUGUUCUUGGAGGAGAAUGUAAUGUUAAGAUUUCACACUGGCAAAAGCACAAAAACACAACUUGAUUUUUCCACAACUUGUAGCUGUAAUGAAAACAAGUCUAGUGGCAUUUCUCAGAUUUUGAAUGUAUUUCCUCUCUUGCUUAUGUUGUGGGUGCAUUUGCAGUAAUGUCAGACUAAUUGUAAGCCACUUGAAAUUGUGGUAUGUCAUGAUUUUCCCAUUUCAUCUUACUUGAUAAUCCAAGUAACUCAUGUCAGAGUCUUACAGCUUAUUGGCAGAGCGAUCUGCAUUUUCCUAAAUAUGUCACAGAGUCUCAAACUUCAAAGUACUGUAUGAUUACAUGUAUUGUGGGCAGAUAGUAGAUGUAACUCUAAAGACAAUGAUAACAACUAUUUUCAAGUUGUGUUGAAUAAAUGUAAUA